CUCAGGUUGGGUAAACUGUCCCAGCAGGUAUUGACCAAUUUCCACAGAUCAAUAAAAGUUGGGGGAGGACAUCCACACAGAGAGAGAGAGACAGACAGAGGAUAAAUACUUGGUCAAAUCACAUUUGAGGGACAGGAAAAGAGGUGAAGGCACACUGAAGACAGCGGAGUGAUUGACCAGAAUUUGAGAAAAGUAACUUUAUUGACAGUAGACAAUGAAGACGCUACUGUUGCUGUGUCUCUGUGUGUUUGUUGCCUGGGCUCAGGACGAUCUGGACUAUGAUGACUAUGGCUUGGUGAGUGAACGAAAUUAUUAUCAAUAUCCAAACACUUCAAAAGAUGCUCGUGGUCACCGUCCACUUUCGAGGGGAGGGGACAGGUACACCCCUAGCCAACAUAACCCACCCCCUAUAAGCGGCACCGGCAGAUACCGUGAACGCCAAACCCAAUCCCGAGGCGGAAAACCAACCGCCCAGGAGAAGGUGGAGCAGCCGGAGGCAGGAGGAUGCACACACGCCUCAGAGGAGAUGGGUGUUCUGUGUCCCAAUGGCUGCGAGCUGAAGACCAUGCUGCAGAAGCAGGAGAGGAACGUCAAGAGUAGCAUCGUUGAACUCAAGCCUCAGGUGGAUGAAUUGACCCGCUCUACUAACAACAUCUACAACUAUGUCAACAGCAUGUCCUUCACUCUGAGGGAGAGACAGAGAGUUAUCGGUGACAACAGCAGGGUGAUGAGUCAGUACACUGAUCAAGUGGAGGAACAACAUGCCUACAUCAAGAACACAGUCGACACUGUCUUCCCUUCCAACAUCAGAAUACUGAGUGGGGUCCUGGACAAGAUCAGGCAGAAGAUCCAGAAGCUGGAGAAGGCCAUCCAAGCCCAAAGGGAAGCAUGCAAGGAGCCAUGCACAACCAAAUGUCCCAUACCUGUCGUGUCUGGCAAGGAGUGCGAGGACGUCUUCCGUCGUGGAGGAAGAGACUCCCAGAUGUAUCUUAUCAGGCCCGAUGCCUUCUACCCUCCAUACAAGGUCUUCUGUGAUCAGACUACCCAGAAUGGAGGAUGGCUUCUCAUCCAGAGCAGGCUUGAUGGCAGUGUCGACUUCGGCCGACGCUGGGACGAUUAUCGACGUGGUUUUGGAAACAUCGCCUUUGAUGUCGGCAAGGGUCACUGCCAAACUCCUGGUGAAUACUGGCUGGGUAACGAUCGCAUCAGUCAGGUGACCAAGAUGGGCCCCACUGAGGUUCUCAUUGAGAUGGAGGAUUGGACAGGAGCCAAGGUCCACGCCCAGUAUAGCCACUUCACCAUCCAAUCAGAGUCGUCCAACUACAUCAUGGCAGUUGAUGGUUAUUCCGGUAACGCUGGCAACUGUUUCCUGGACGGAUCCUUGGAACUCUUUGGUGAAAACCGCACCAUGACCAUACACAACGGCAUGCAGUUCAGCACCUACGACAGAGACAAUGACAACUGGAUCCCUGGCGAUCCCUCCAAACAGUGCUCCAGGGAGGACGGAGGCGGCUGGUGGUACAACCGCUGCCACUCUGCCAAUCCCAAUGGCCGAUACUACAUAGGUGGAGCCUACACACGCCAUAUGGCCAAGCAUGGCACAGACGACGGUGUGGUGUGGAUGAACUGGAAGGGAAGCUGGUAUUCGCUCAAGGCCAUCAGCAUGAAGGUCCGGCCUUACUUUCCUAAGACCGCCAGAUAAACAUGUCGGAGGGUUUCGGCACAUAUAACACGUACAGGACACCACCAGACAAACUGAGCCACCAGAAUUAUGAUUUGUAAUUUUCAAACAAUAUUUAAGUGUUUCUUUCAUUUUGGCAGUAACCUGUAUGUUGAUGGACACAACACAGUUACACACAACUUAUAAGUAAGAAAUAAAAACACUGAAGAUAUAGAAAACAAAAUUGUAAGAGAAAAGUUAUAUGCAGCAUUAAGCUCAUUAAACUUAAUGUCAAAUAAACUCAUGUCUACAGAAAAAGAGAGAAACCUGACUGGUUGUGAGUAAAUGUACUGUGAUCUGUCCUUUCUUGUUAUAUGUGAAGCCUUCAGUGUGCACUACCAGGACAAGUUGAUGCCAACUGUCCUCCGCUACUCAAUAAACACAUUGAGGAACAUAA